CGCUACUAGUCUUCGUCACUCCUCGUACCAGGAGCAAAAGACGAAUUCAAUAGUGGAUAUACCACAAAAGUAUGCUACGUGUAUUAUUCCUCCACUAAACGGAGCCAGUUGUACAUUCCAAGAUCACAACCCUUCUGCCAGACUAAAAUUUCCCCACCAAAUUGCAUGGAAUGGAAAUCAGCUCCCCUCUCUUGAAAAACCGUUUUCCUUUGGCACCUAAGCCCAAAACCUCACCAGAAAAUGAAGCAACUCAAAUUUCUCCUUUGCCCCAAAUCGCCUUUCGUUUGGGAUGGAAAUGGCUUCUCGCAAUGUUUUGAUGACUUGGUCUUAGGUUUUGGUGUAAAUGCCGCAACUAUUGCCAUGAUUUUCAUCCUUGGAAUUAUGAGAAGAAGCACCAGAACAAAUUGGAGGGUAAAAUUUUCAGAGAAGGUCCUUCUACAUUUUAUAGCAGUCAUUGGAGCAUGUUUGUCAUGUGUGGAUAUCAUUUUGCUUUCAAGGAAAAAACUUCAUGGAGAUUUUAUCUUAUAUCAUGAGUGGCUUUUCAGAUUUUCGUGUUUCAUGGUCUGGGCAACUAUUGUAUUCUCCUUGAGGUGUGCCUGUUUUCAACACAUAUUUUGCGAUAUGAUACUCUGUAUAUGGUGGAUUGUAAAACCACUGUUUGGAAUCCCCCAUUUGCAAGCAACAUUCUCUUCAUUGGAGGUCUUUGAGUGUCUUAAAGGGAGCUCUAUUUUAUUUUUGGAUAUCAUGUUUUGCUUGUCCAUUAACUAUAUCCGGAUAAAACAAACAUCCACCAAGAGCAGGCCAAUGGAAGAUUCACUUCUUUGUGUUGAGAUGGACAUUGAGGAAGGUUGUCACAGGGAUUCUAGAAGCACACAUGGCUUUUGGGAUCAUACGACAUUCAGAUCUAUCACUUCUGUAAUGAAUAAUGGUUUGCUGAAGCAGCUUGACUUUGAUGAUUUGCUUUUGUUGCCGAUUGAUAUGGAUCCUUCUACAUGUCAUGAUAAAUUAUUAAGCUGCUGGCAAGAUCAGCAAAAUAAAUUUUGCUCAAAUGCAUCAUUAUUUAAAGCAAUCUUCUCUGCAUACGGGUGGCCAUAUCUUCGUCUAGGUUUAUUAAAGGUGUUCAAUGAUUGCCUUGGUUUUGGUGGACCAUUGCUUCUGAAUAGGCUAAUUCGGUUUCUUCAACAAGGUUCUGGAAAUUUGGAUGGUUAUGUUCUUGCGAUAUCAUUAGGCCUAGUAUCAGUUGUCAAAUCAUUUUCUGAUACACAGUAUACUUUUCAUCUUUCGAAGAUGAAGCUAAAGUUACGAUCUAGUAUCAUGACUGUUAUUUACUGUAAGUGUCUAUCCGUCAGCAUAGCAGAGAGGUCAAAGUUUUCUGAAGGGGAAAUUCAAACAUUUAUGUCUAUAGAUGCUGAUCGAACUGUCAAUUUGUGUAACAGUUUCCAUGACAUGUGGAGCCUACCUUUACAAAUUGGAGUUGCACUGUAUCUUUUGUAUACACAAGUCAAAUUAGCUUUUAUGGCUGGACUUGCAAUAACCAUCCUGCUAAUACCAGUAAAUAAAUGGAUUUCUGAAUUGAUUGCAAGUGCCACUGAGAAAAUGAUGAAGCAAAAGGAUGAGAGGAUUAGAAGAACAGGAGAACUUUUGGCUCAUAUUCGCACUUUGAAGAUGUAUAGCUGGGAGGUCCUUUUUUCUAGUUGGUUGAUGGAUACAAGAUCUUUGGAAGUGAAGCACUUAGCUACACGGAAGUACUUGGAUGCUUGGUGUGUAUUCUUUUGGGCUACAACACCAACUCUUUUCUCUUUAUGCACAUUUGGACUCUUUACGUUGAUGGGACAUCAGCUUGAUGCUGCAAUGGUUUUCACAUGUCUUGCUCUUUUUAACAAUUUGAUUUCUCCUCUCAAUUCAUUUCCAUGGGUCAUCAAUGGACUUAUUGAUGCCUUUAUAUCUAGCAGACGGUUGAGCAGGUUCCUUAGUUGUUCAGAGCAAAAAUCUGAAGUGGAACAGAAAGCUAAAUUUCAACCAAUUUUUGCUAAUGACCAAUCUGAUCUUGUCUCCAAUGAUAUGGCUGUAGUCAUGCAUGAUGCAUGUUGUGCUUGGUCAAGUGGUAUUGAUGAACAGAAUCUAGUUUUGAAUCAUGUCACACUAAGUCUCCCAAAGGGUCGUUUGUUUGCAGUAGUUGGAGAGGUUGGUUCAGGCAAAUCAUCCUUGUUAAAUUCAAUACUGGGAGAAACAAGGCUUGUUCAUGGAUCAAUAUAUUUAAGUGGCUCUGCAGCAUAUGUACCACAGGUUCCAUGGAUCUUAUCUGGAACAAUACGUGACAAUAUAUUAUUUGGGAAGACUCUAGAUUCACAAAGGUACGCAGAUGCUUUACAAGCAUGUGCUCUAGAUGUUGAUAUUUCAUUGAUGGCUGGACAUGACUUGGCUUAUAUUGGAGAGAAAGGAACCAACUUAUCAGGUGGACAGAGAGCUCGUCUUGCUUUGGCAAGGUUCAUAAUCUUCAUGGCCAUUUAUCAGGAUUCCGAUGUUUAUAUGCUUGAUGACAUCCUCAGUGCAGUUGAUGCACAUGUUGCUAAAUGGAUUUUACAAAACGCUAUUCUUGGUCCUCUUAUGGAACAUAAGACUUGUGUUCUUUGCACUCAUAAUAUCCAGGCAAUAUCUUCUGCUGACAUAAUUGUUGUAAUGGAAAGAGGGCAUGUGAAGUGGGUAGGAAACUCAGCUGACUUGGCAGUUUCUGUAUAUUCGGGGUUUUCUUCAGUUAAUGAAUUUGAUACAUCUUCCUCUAUUCAAAGUAAAUUAUACAGCACAAAUCCUUCCAACAUGGGCAAACAAAGUCCCCUGUUGGAGGAAAAUACCGUGGAUGUUCCAUUGGAAGCACAAGAGAUUAUUGAAGCCGAGCAGAGGAAAGAGGGUACAGUUGAACUUAUUGUUUACAAAAAGUAUGCUGGAUUUUCUGGUUGGUUCAUGGCAGUCAUGAUAUUCCUUUCGGCAGUUUUAAUGCAAGCUUCUCGUAAUGGAAAUGAUUUGUGGCUAUCAUAUUGGGUUGAUACAACAGAGAGCAGUCAAGCAAAAUACUCUACAUCCUUUUAUCUGCUGGUACUUUGCAUCUUUUGCAUCAUUAAUUCUUCUCUGACCAUGGUGAGGGCAUUCUCGUUUGCAUUUGGUGGCCUACAAGCUGCAGUUCAGGUGCACAAUAAACUGCUUAAUAAGCUUAUUAAUGCACCUGUCCACUUCUUUGAUCAAACACCUGGUGGACGCAUACUUAACAGGUUUUCAUCAGAUCUCUAUACUAUUGAUGAUUCUCUCCCAUUCAUCCUCAACAUUCUCCUGGCUAAUUUUGUGGGCCUGUUAGGAAUAGUAGUAGUUUUGUCAUAUGUUCAGGUCCUUUUCUUGCUUCUACUAUUGCCAUUUUGGUACAUCUACAACAAGCUACAGUUCUUCUACAGGUCAACAUCUAGGGAAUUGCGAAGAUUGGACAGUGUCUCACGCUCCCCAAUUUAUGCAUCCUUUACGGAGACACUUGAUGGAUCAUCAACUAUACGAGCUUUCAACUCUGAGGACUAUUUCUUGGCUAGAUUCACUGAGCUUGUAGCACAGUAUCAGAGAACUUCAUAUUCAGAGUUAACAGCAAGUUUGUGGCUUUCCCUGCGUCUUCAGUUAAUAGCAGCAUCUAUAAUCUCAUUUGUUGCUGUGAUGGCUGUUAUUGGAGCUCGUGGAAGUUUACCAAUUAGUUUUGGCACCCCAGGCCUGGUAGGAUUAGCCCUUUCAUAUGCAGCUCCAAUUGUUUCCUUGUUGGGAAGCUUCUUGUCAAGUUUUACUGAAACAGAAAAGGAAAUGGUUUCAGUGGAGAGAGCUCUUCAGUACAUGGAUGUGCCUCAAGAAGAACUCCAUGGAUUCCAGUCUUUAAAUUCGAGCUGGCCAUUUCAAGGAGUGAUUGAGUUUCAGAAUGUUACCAUGAAAUAUAUGCCAUCUUUACCAGCGGCAUUGAAUGAUAUCUCCUUUACCAUAGCAGGAGGGACACAGGUUGGAAUUGUUGGAAGAACUGGUGCUGGAAAAUCUAGUGUUUUGAAUGCCCUUUUUCGCCUGACCCCUAUAUGUAGAGGACAUAUUUUGGUGGAUGGCCUGAACAUAGUUGAUAUUCCUGUCAGAGAUCUCCGUGCAUGCUUGGCUGUUGUUCCCCAGAGUCCAUUUUUAUUUGAAGGAUCAUUACGGGACAACCUGGAUCCACUCCAGAUGAGUAAUGACAUGAAAAUGUGGGAUGUUUUGGAGAAAUGUCAUGUCAAGGAGGAAGUAGAAGCGGCCGGAGGACUGGAUGCUCAUGUAAAGGCAUCUGGGACAUCAUUUUCUGUUGGGCAAAGGCAGCUCCUUUGCCUUGCACGUGCUCUUCUCAAGUCUUCUAAGGUUCUUUGUUUGGAUGAAUGCACAGCAAAUGUUGAUACUCAGACAGCUUCAAUUCUACAGAAAACUAUAUCUACUGAAUGCAGAGGAAUGACGGUGAUCACAAUCGCGCAUCGUAUUUCAACAGUUUUGAAUGUGGACAAUGUAUUUGUUCUGAAUCAAGGAACCCUGGUUGAGCAAGGUAACCCAGGUGCUCUUCUACAAGAUGACUCCUCCAUAUUUUCAAGCUUUGCUAAAGCUUCUACAAUGUAAUAGAUAUAGCAAAUCUUCUAACUCACUGCAAGUAUAGUCUAUCAUGAUAUAUCAUAUUUUUUGGGGGGUAUUUAAAGCUGUUAGGAUAAAACCAUGAUCACUGAAACUAAGAAUUAAGCACUCUUAACAUUUUGUUGUACGCAUAAUAACCAAGUAAAAGAUCCUUAUCAUACUAGCCAGGAACAGACAAAAUUAUCAGUUGAAACUUGACAGCAACUAGCAGAACUUGUUAGCUGAUUAGUUCCUCAAUCUAUAUCAUGACAUAGGAGAGUGAAUAGAACUAGUUGAGCCGAAAAUGUGAUCCAACUGUAAUUAUUAACAAUUCAUCAUCAACUGAAAGUUUUUCAUUAAAAGUGGAAGCAUUCCUAAAAAAGGGAAAAAGUUGGACUUCAUUAACACUCCUUGUUCCUGCUA